AUGGAUCAACCAAAGAAACCUAACAAGAUCAGAGACAUAGUUAGACUUCAACAAGUCCUUAAGAAAUGGAGAAGAAUAGCCAAUGCUUCAAAAACAAGCAACAACAGUACCACUAGUAAGAGAAUAAAGUUUCUUAAAAGAACACUUUCAAUGUCCGAACGCGAAGGAGGAGGAGGAUCGAGCGCGGUUCCAAAAGGGUACCUAGCAGUUUGUGUUGGUGUAGAACUUAACAGGUUUGUUAUACCAACUGAGUAUUUGACUCAUAAAGCCUUUCAUGUAUUACUCAGAGAAGCAGAAGAAGAAUUCGGAUUCGAACAAACUGGUGUUCUGAGAAUUCCUUGUGAAGUAUCUGUGUUUGAGAGUAUAUUGAAGAUGGUGGAAGGAAAAGAUGGAUUUUCUACUCAGAAAUGUAGUUUUGGUAUUGAAAAAAUGAUGGGAUACUGUUCCUCAAACCAGCUUGGUUAUUAUCAUCAACCUCAUAGUCCUAUGUGCAGAUAG